AUGUCUCUGCUCUUCGGUCUUGUUGCAAAACAUUAUGUUGAAGAAGGUGACACGGCCCGUUUCUGCUCAUAUCCACGACAAACCCCGUACAUGCUUUUCAAAACUAAGUUUGUAUGCGACGAAGAUGGAAAUUAUUAUACAACUUUCUAUUUAUUUAAUCCAAGGAGUGAAAAAAUCAUCACGAUUACUAACAAAUAUUAUCUAAAAGUUUCACAGUACUUGCGCAAACUCGUCCUCCUUGGAACCUCACGUGGCUGGCAAUUUCUUUUGCGUGUGGAUGAUUCGAUUAUAUAUCUCACCAACGUGUAUAAUCCUUGGUCUUCAGAUUCAUCCACCAAAACCAUUGCUCUGCCUUCAUUGUUAUAUACUGGUGAACUCAUUAUAGGCUCAGUUUCAUUGUCCACUCCUUUUCCCGACCAGGACGGUGAUUAUAUAGUGAGUAUCAGCGUUUCUGGAUCUAAACUGUAUUAUUGUAUGCCUAAUCGAGAUUCAGAGUGGACAUGUAUAGACAUCCCAUUCUCCUGCGAUUUCGACUCACCUCUCGUUUAUUCUUGGAAAGACCAAAUGUUUUACCUCCUCACUACAGGAUGUGCCUACAUGGCUGCCUUGGAUCUCAAAAACAAUAAGAAGCCUAGCUUCCUUCAAAUACAGUUUGAGAACUUCCCUUUGAUACCACAACACGAGUGGGAGAUAUUGGCUUCAUGUACACGGCGUGACAAUAUUGUUGAGUCGUCGUCUUCUGGCGAACGUUUCAUUGUUCAAUGGUACGUACCGGCCUACAAUGGGAACAUUUAUGUACUUUGGAAAACCAAGCGAGUCAUGGUGUUCAGGAAAGAAGAGGAAGAGGAUGACAAAGUACUCCAAGGAAGCAAAAUGAUAGCUUAUUAUAACUACACAGAGAGUAUUGGAGAUCUUUGCAUUUUCAUUGGGCGCAAUGAGACAUUCUGUUUAGAGGCAAGCAAGUAUCCUGGACUGAGGCCUAACUCUAUAUACUAUGCUGGCCGUGGCUUUGGUGUUUACGAUAUCAGUAAUAGAAGCGCCCGCGAGUAUGACUUAACUGACUUUCCUGAUUUUUUUGGCCACCCAAUGUGUUUUCUUUCUCCACCUCUCCAUUAGAGCUAUAGGUUGAUAUCCUUUUAAUGCUUUUCAUU